UGCGUCGAUUCUGGCGGCCCCCGAGGCACACAGCCACCGGUCGCCCAAGGCGAAGACCUGCGCGUUGCAGCCGUCGGCCGCUGCGCGUCGCCAGCCGCCCCGCCGUCGUCGGCAGCGGGCCACCGCGACGCGAGGGCCUCCCCCCUCGCCCCGGCGUCUCCCGCGCCUCUCCCACCGGGGCGAGCGGGGGGAGCCCAACCUGUCCGGAGUGGCGGGCAGAAGCAGCAGAAGCGCGUCGGGCCGGUCGGCGUGUGGCAGCGGCGGGAGCAUCGAGAGGAGCCGAGCGUGCGUGAGGAUAUUGUUGGUGGUGCGCGCGCGACGCAAGCGGCGGUGCUCGUUGGUGUGCUGACGUGCCAUGUGAUCGGUGCUGGUGCUGCGAUGGCACCGCGACCGGAGGACAGGCGCCGCUGCCUGCUGCUGGGCAACUGCCUGGUGGUGGUGUGUCGCCGGGUGGGCAGCGACGACGACCAGGAUGAGGCGUCGGCCCAGGACAGGGCGGGCCCGCCCGGUUGGUCCCUGUUCCGCGGCUUCGUCCACGAAAACGCGCAAUGCUUCUGGAACCAGUGCCUGGUGCAGAGCGUCGCCUGCCUGGAAUACCGCGGCUACCUGAUCCCUUCGACCAUCUUCGUUUCCGGCAACGAGUACACACUCGAAGUGGUGCGCUCCGCCUGGUCCCGCCGGGUGCUGCGUCCGCCGGUCGGAUACGAGAUCCAGAAACUCGGUGACGUGUCCUCGGUGGAGAUGGUGCAGGUGCUACAGACGCAGUUCGCACCGCUAGCCGAGGCGUUGUGCAAGGCCGUGUUCGACCUCACAUCGCGCGGCUCGACGGCCACGCUGGACACCAUAUCGGCGCAGCUGGGACAGGCCUUCCCGGCCAUUGAGAGGCCUGGCGCCGACGUCGUCUACAGGGCGCUCGGGGCGCUCAUCCGGGAGCGCAGGCUCUACCACACGGGCCUCGGAUACCAGGUCGCGGCCCCGGACACUUUCCUGCAGACCUCCCCAUCGCCGGUGCCCACCGAGCGGCCCAUGCUGCUCACCAACGAAGAGGCCAUCUCGCGGCUCCACGGAAGUCCAGCGCACACCACGGACGAGUCGGCGGCCGACGGGAGCACCCUGGAGCGCAGCGCCUCCAUGCGCCUGCUGCGGACCCGCGCCGGCGCCUCCGACGAGGGACUCGCGGCGCCCGGCAGCCGCCUGAGUCGCAGCAGCUCGGUGCGCCUGUGCCGCUCGUCGCCCGCGCACGACGGACUCGUGCCCGCGACGCAGUCCACGGGAGCUGGCGGCAAGCGGCACCAGGACACCGGCGCGAAACGCGACGGGAAGUCGUCCAUGUUCAGCCGCUGGUUCCGGCGCAGCCGAUCCGAGAAGCGUUCCUCGGGCGAGUGCAAGAAGCAGCUGUCCAGCUUCUCGGCGCAGUUCCCACCGCUCGAGUGGAGCGACCCGGACUACGCGCGAUUCCACUCGCGCGCCACGCAGACCAGCGCCGCCGUCGUCACUCAGCAGCAGGACACGCACCCAUACGCCGCCCUGCUCAAGCCGAGGUCGUCGAGCACGAAUCGAGCCCGCGAGCGACACUCCAGCAACGGGGACACUCCGGACGCAAGCCUGGACCGCUCGGACCGGCGGUCUCGCAGUUCGAGAGGAUACUACCGAGGUCCCCGCAAGGCGGCAGCCCUAGCGGCUGCUGAGGACCUGGACUCUUCUGGCACGCUACUGUACCGACACCGCAGCGCUUCUCCCGCUGCGCGCCGCAACAACCACAGCCAGAACAACGGGUCGCGCCACGGCAGUGCGCUGGCGCAGUCGGCAGCCACCAACCGACGCCUGCCGUCGACGGCCGAGAUCAGAACCCCGCCGCUGUCUCGCCGUGCUUACCGCCACCAGAGGGCCUUGCCGCCGCUUCCUGUCGAGAGGCUGAACAACGGCGGCCUCCGGCAGGACGACCAGAGGUACAGACCGCCAAACUUCACCAACAACGCCCUCGAGAAGCCCGGUGCGGGUGAGGAGCUGCCGCCCAGCGGUAAGCCGCAACAGCCUUCCGACUACACCAACAACAACAGGUUACCAAGACCAGGACCUGUGCCUUUGGCCACGUUUGAAGCCCGCCGAAGCAGCAUCGCCGGAACGACCUUGGACAUCGACAACGUAGCGACGUCCAGGAUCCGAGCGGAGGCGCAGCGAAACGCCCCGACGGCCUUCUCCAUGAAGAAUCUGCAGCAGCAGCCGUCAGCGGCCGCGUUUCCAAUGCGCGGAGGCGCACACAUCAGCGCUGAUGACCUCAAGAACUUGCACAAGGCGGAGGACAAAGUUGAACCGCGUCCGAUCGCCGCCAUUAAGAACCUUCAGUGCGGACCCAUAGUCAUCAGCAAGGUGCCUCCACAGCCACAAGUAAUCGAACCCCGACGGACAACGACCACUACGACUUUUACGACGACGGACACAGUCACGCUGAAGAACAUACAGAACCUGAGCUCGGUGGCUGACCUGGAUAAGACCAAGCCUUCACCGCAGACUCUCAAGAACCUUCAGCCAUCGACCAACACGACUACGGUGUCUAUCAAGCAGACAAACGGAAAAAUCGACGACGACGGUGGCGAGAAUACCAAGAAGAUCGCAACGAACCUGAUCCUGGAGGAGAAGAUCGAGGCCCAGAGGAAAAGCGGAGCUUCAUCCCCGUCUGUUGCCGGGCCAAUCAAGAAAAUUGUCGAGGAGAAGUCGGUGCAGUCGACGCUUGAGUCCACUGGCAAGAUGGGAAACCUUAAGAGCACGGUGGAUGUUAACAUGGAGUUGGUCACAGAAGUGGGAAGCUCGAGGACCGUAACCAACAUCACCACUUCACUGCAGCACGCGCUCCCCAAGGCUAUUCCUGCGGAGCCCUCUGGCCAGGACCCGUGCAACAAGUCAUCGGCUGCCGCUGGCAAAACAAUAAUCAAGACAUCUAAGCCAACCAAGAUGAACGGCAACGGAGGCGGCUACACGCCCAUGAGGGCCAAGCUAGCUGAAGCCAAGGCGGCGUUCUUCGCCGACUCGGCCAAUAAAGGCAGCGCCGACGACAGCGGUUUCGUGUCCACCUCCCCGCAACCAGUUCCCGUAUAGGAAAACACUGCAAUCGCACCCGUUUAUCUGCUCCAGAAGAAAGUAGCAAGAGCUCACUUGUCGGCAAAGCACCAGCGCAUGAGUGCACGUCUUCGGGCUUCUGCGCACGCUGGAGCGGCGACAGAUCGACGCCGGGUGGUGCAUGUAUGUUAAUCCUCCAGCAGCCGCGACGGACGCUUGCUUGUGACACCUGGGCGACCACUAUGCGGUGUGCGCAGAAGAGAUGGAUGGCCCGGAUCGGAAGUCGAACACGUGCCACACAGAAUUGAACUUACUCACGGCUAAUGCAUGACGCUACACGAGUACCGCUUGUAAGACUCACGAAGUGCCUUCCUCUGCCUGUCGAUGUGGUGAACCGCGAGUGUAUUGCGCUGACCGAGAGUAAUACUGCCUCUCGGAUAUGAGCGACCUCUCGUGCCUAAUUACUGUGCACACUGUAAAGCUUAUUAACACCAACGUGCGUAGCAAGCUUUUGCUUAAGACGAUACUUUUGAAUAGCGUAGGUCCCGAGUGUUCACGUGCACCUGCACUCGUAGAGGCGAACCUUAAAGCUAUCUUACUGUCUUACUUAGGUUGUUCAGUACAUCGGCCAUACCAGAAACGUCUUACUUAGACUGUUCAAUAGACCGGCCAUACCACAAACUCAGUGGUUAAAUGUAGUAGCCUCACUUAAAUGCUCGACCACCCGAAAGCCGAUUUUGGACGUCACUAGCUGACUCCGAAAUUGACGGCUUUGUGCAGACGGUCCUUAACUCAGUGUCCGGGCGUUUCCGCUAUGACUGCACCAGCUCCUGUACUACUAACGAUUUAUUUUUCCCGUCUCUGUACAUUUCUGUUACCACUGCGAAACGGUUUAGAGUUGGAACCCUACAUCAUUUCCCCUUUAAAUAUAUCGCUAAUAAUUUAAACUAGAGCACGCUGGUUCUUUAUGUGAGUAACGACUACAUAACGAAACAAACGAAAAAGUACGCGCUGACAAUAGCAUGUCGUCAAAUUAUGCCGUUCAACGGGGAGCAGAUCUUUCCCACAGAGCAAGGGCGGCGUGCUGUGCACGGAAGCAGGAUACAAGGACGUGGUACUUAAAGGAGCACUAGGGCGAAAGAAGAGUGAGAAAGGAGGUGAAGGCUUCUUUGCUCGUCUUGUAGCCGCGUUGUACAAGGCAGCAAAGAGCGGUCGUGUUUCGCGAUAAACCGCCCUGCGGUCCCUGGCUCUCGUUCAGAGUUACGCAGCGCUGACGACGCCGUGAGUCACGGGACCUCGGGCUCGUGCUCGUGCCACGAGGCGCGAAGUAUUCGGGAGCGUUAGGGCGCCGAAGCGGUAGCUAGCUUAGUGAUGUGUGCGCACGCCGCCGCUUGGCGCUAGUUCACUUGUCGCUCUUCGUCGGCCUCGCGAGCUGUAGUACAAAAGCAAGCGCCUGCCUGGCUCGGAGUUGAUUUGAGCUGCGCCAGUCUACCUUGCGCAUGAAUCGCCAGUCCUCUCGCUUCCUACCGUGCUCCUAUUCUCAUGUGUGAGGUGUGGCGAACCGGACGUAAUAUUACGCCUCGUUGACCUCCCUGCCCUUUCGUCUUUUCUUUAUCUUAAGUGAAGCCGGUUGUCGUGCGCACACACACACACACACACACACACACACACACACACACACACACACACACACACACACACACACACACACACACACACACACACACACACACACACAUAUGUAGUAAACUAUGUGCGUGUCGUAAAAAUGGCUGUUUAAUUUACGCGUAAGUGCGUACGGUCGGCACAAAUAUAUAAAGCUUGCUAGCGGACCGAGGCCGUUCAGUUAACAAAGAAGAAAAAACACUGAUUGACAACGCAGCCCGGUGCCGUUCUCUUCUUGGU